AUGCCUCCGGAGCUCCCGCCGCCGGUGCGAGAGCAGCAGCAGACAACGCCUAGCAUCGUUCAGCUCCAAAAACAUCCACUCACAGCUCCUGGAGCUCGUUUCCACCACCGCAGCAUGCUGGAUCCCGUCAAGACGCGCUUUGUACGCGCCAACUCCGCCAUAGCGUUCCCUCGAAUCUUGGGCAUGGAUCUGGAAUCCGAAAGUAUCCCUCGCCUACACUCUUUCGCCUGGCACUGCGGCAUUCGAGCUGAGAUCAUGGAGGAUACCGUCGAUGUCACUACCCUGCUUACCUGGAAAGAUCUCAAACGAUUAGCAGGUAUAUACUUUAGCGUGGUGAAUGUCGAGUUCGGUCUCCUCGAAGCAGCGACUUUUGAAGCGCAAGCUACCGCACGUUGGAAACAGCCGACAGGACGAAACGAUGUCGAUGCCGUUAUGCUUGGCGUUGUGGCACUGGGGUCGUUUUUCUCAUCAGCUCCACAUGCGAAGGAGAAUGACUUUGUGCGUGGAGCUCGCGAGCUACUGAUGGAGAAGAGCGUCAAUCAUCCGACCACUAAUAAUGUCGCCGGGUGGGUCCUUCGCACCAUCUACCUUCGCCUAGCAUCAAGACCCCAUGGAUCGUGGAUCUCAAGUUGCGUCGCUAUGCAUCAGGCUGAAGCUAGUGGAUUGCACAAAGAGGUCCAGACGAUUGCGGUGGUGUAUCCUGCUGCGCCUACGGGUGAUCACAAGGUUGCGAAGGCACGGAGAAGGCUUUUCUGGGUGGCCAGAGCCUUGAAUAUCAUCUUAUCAUUUGAGUAUGGACGAUCAAGAGUAGCUUUUGACGUGAUCACCACAAAGCGCUUCGCUGCUGAGCAAGGAGGGUUCGCUUAUCAAUUUGUGGAGAUGGCAGAACUGCUACCCAACGAUUACGUUGAUAUUGAGCGAGAGCCAGAUCCGCCUGGCGCUCUUUGUAAUGCUCUGACGAAGAUCGAGGAGGUCAAGACAGAGUCACCAUUCAUUCGGCUCCUUAAAGCUGACCUUGCUUUUGCUAUCUAUCGCCGACUUUGGCUUAUGAGCCUUACAGAUGCCAAAGACCGAUCCGACUCUGUCAUCAGUAUCGGUAAAUCAGCCGCUUCCGCUUCCGCUAAGCUUGUCGAAACUCGUACACCAUGGUGGAAUGUCGUACACGCUCCAUUCCAAUUCCUCUGCGUUCUCCUUGCUAUCGGCACACCGCGAAGCCUGGCGCACAUCAAAGACAGUCUGGCACUCCUCCGUCGGAUAGCAGAUACGUACGACACUCAUAUGACCCGCGAAGCCUACAAUCAAGCUGCUAUCCUCGUCAGGAUGUCACGAAAGCGCAAAGAGCGAGAGUUGGAAGCUCUAGGUGGGGCGGACCAGCUGCCAGCUUAUGAGGAUCCGCCAACCUUGGGAAGUAGUACCAGUCAGACGGGUUUGACGGAUGUGCCCAAUCUGGAUUGGGCAAGUCUAGAGUUGCCGUUCGAAUGGGAGACGUUCUUGAAUCCAGAACUUGUCAUGGGUGCCCAGCAGCAGCCACAUUUCAUGGGGUUACAGGAUGGAGCCCAGACGGUCCCGCAGCAGCAAGGCCACGGGAUUGAUGUUGGAUCUGUUUUCGGAGUCAGGAUGGGGUAUCCGCCUUGA